AUGCCCUGUGGCAGAUCAGAUAUCCUACCCAGCCUCUCUCUUGCGGUAAAGCUUUUCGUCUGGAAAUUCCCAAGCAACUUGACUUCUGGACUUAUGUCUGGGGUUAGCAAUGGUUGGGACUGGGCUGAGUUGACAGACAAUUAUGUCGACGACCGUGUUGAGUUGGGAUGGGGAUACCAACACCACGACCUCCACCGACAUGAGGAUGAUGAAUCUGGUGACGAAUCGGAUGACGCGUUGUGGGAGCGUAAGUACGUCAACCGAGGCAUUUUGCCAGACGAGGACAUGUUCCUCAUGAUCGGCUUUCGCGACAACUCAUGGAAUGAUCCUCGUACCUUGACUCCCGCACGACAAGACCUGAUCACCAAACUAUGGAAGACCAUCAAUGACUGGAAGCAGCUUUGCCUCCGUGGGAAGUGGACUACGCUUAUCAGUUUCUUGCAACACAUGCACGAGGAGGGUGGGACAAUUCAAGAGGCAGACAAGACUUUCACAUUCGCUGCUUCUGUAUCGCAGAUCGAGAACAGAGGCAGCCGAGCGCGUGCUGAAUUCGAGCUCGACGGCAUUCUUGACUCGAUCAUCUGGACAGAAGUCGAUCUGCAUGACUUUGGAAAUCAUUUCCAGGAAUGGGUCUUCUCCCCAAAGACCCUGGGCCUGACUGUCGAGGAGCGAAUCUAUCUGGUAGCCAACGUCUGGCGCCGCCGGGUGCCCCCUGAGAAGUACCAGCUGUUGGUUCACAUCCAGACUUGGGUCACCAAGACCAGGAAGAUCAUUCGGUCGGAGGUUUAUUCUAGCUUGCGAUAG